AUGGCGCUGCCUGGCUCGCCAGCUCCGCGCCGGGCUGCCUCGCCGGCAAAAAGGGGCUUUCGCGCCCUCUCCGGCCUCGCGACCCAGUUCUUCCUCAAGGACUCGCUCGGCCUCGAGCCGGCCGCGAUCCAGAGCCUGCUCGCCACUGCAGCGCUGCCGUGGUCGGUCAAGCCCCUCUACGGCCUCGUGAGCGACGCCGUGCCGAUCCGCGGGCAGCACCGCAAGCCGUAUCUCGUCCUCGCCGCCGCCGUCGGCCUCGCCGCGUGGAGCGGGCUCGCCGGCUUGACCUGA